CUCAUCAUAUACGACAACCAUGGAUUCGAAAAGGGAAUCGACAACAAAGCUCAAAUUCACCGGCCACUAGCGCCAUCUCAAGAAUCCGAUCGUAAAUAUAUACAUCUCGGAAAAUCCCAAAAUCCAGGGGAAAAAAAAAGAAAAAAAAAAAAGAGAAUGGCUGCAAAGAAGUAGCUAAUUAGAAGCAAGCAUGAUGAUUUAUUCUAUCUAGAGAAAGAGUCAACCAUACUUGUAAGAAUUACCAUUCGGUUCAUUGACUGAUUCUAUGGAUCAUAAUAAUAAUGAAGAACAAAUGUUGGGUUGUGUCGGGAUCGAUCAGCUGUUUCUGUCCAGUCUUUGCCCUUCUCUGUAAUUUUGAGCUGAGGGAGACCGACCGGGUCGGAACCUGUUCAAAUUUUUAGUGGCUAUGAUCUGAUGAUGUUUGAUUUUUUCCGUGGGGGCACGAGAGAGAGAGAGAGAGUGUGCGGAAGCGUGUCGUAGUGCAGUGAGCUGUGAUGAUUCUAUUUCUCUGUGGUGUGCGUGUUGUAAUUAAUAAAGAAGAUUAGGCAAUCUAGGGUUUUGCUUUUGCUAUGCUUGUGCUCUGGUUUUCGGGAGAUUUUCAGAACCCUGUCCACUUUUUCCGCUUUCUCCCCCACGAGCUUUAGCUUCCGUCUUCGCUUUACCCAUCUCUGAUAGUUUCUUUCUUUCCGUAUUAGCCCUAAUUGUGCUUCGUUUUCACUCUGUUUUCGGAUUUUCGAGGCUGUUUGGGGAUUUUGGGUUGCUUUGUCCAUUUAGCUCUUCUGUUGUGUGGUCGCUUCAUUUUUUUGGAUUGUCUGAUGUAAUUCAGGAUCUGGGCAUGUCUAAAUUUGGAAACUUGACUAAGGAUUUUCGAGUCUGUCUAGGUCUUGCAGAGGUUAUGUUGCUAAAUGGGGCCUCUAUCUCAGUGGCACGCUUGAAUCUGUUGGUUGGUUUUCAGACAUUGUUUCUGCUCUUUCAGUUGUGAGGUUUUGCCCCAACAAUAUAGUAAGAAUUUGUCUGGUGGCAUGGUCCAAUGAUGUUUUGCGCACAAGGUUCUUAUAGGAACCACUGCUCUCUGUUAGCCGUUAUCUGCGGAAAAAUUUCUGAUGAAAAGCAGAAGCAAACAGUUUCUGAGGCCCAACCGAGUUAUCCAUUUCCAGAGCUCGUUUCUUCGGGGCGUCUCGAGGUCACUCUUCUGAAGAGCCCUGAUGUUAAUGAGUUUAGGCGAGUUCUUGAAGCAUCGGAGUUCAACUUUGUAUACCUUCAAGGUUUGCAACUUGAAGGCAGUGAAGAAGUGGGCCCUCUUGUUUGGGGAAAUGUUGACUUAUCUGCUCCUGAAGCGCUGUGUUCUGUGUUUGGAUCCGCCUUGCCCACCACAGUUUACCUGGAGAUACCGAAUGCAGAAAAAGCAGCAGAGGCCCUCCAUUCUAAGGGAGUACCCUUUGUCAUAUACUGGAAAGAUGCGCUUUCUCGUUAUGAAACGGCUCAUUUUCGGCAAGCGUUAUUUUCAGUCGUGCAGAGUUCAUGCAGCCACACAUGGGACGCGUUCCAGCUCGCACAGGCUUCAUACAGGCUCUAUUGUUUGAAAAAUAGCAAUGGCUUUCCGCAUUAUAUGGAAAGCACAGGACCUCAACUUCUAGGAGACCCACCCAAGAUUGAUAUCGCUCAGCCUGGGGCUGAUGCUCAAGGUGAAGAAUCACCUGAGAAUCUUUCCUCGGUAAAGAUUUAUGAUGACGAUGUCAACAUUCGGUUUCUCGUUUGUGGAUUCAGACGCAUUUUGGAUACUACUGCGCUUGGAUCAUUGGAAGAUGGAAUAUAUUCUCUUUUGAGCAUAGAAAUACGCGGGAGUAAACUUCAUAACCGAACAAGUGCUCCUCCACCUCCUCUUCAAGCAGGGACAUUUUCCCGGGGAGUAGUGACAAUGCGGUGUGAUUUCUCCACCUGCAGUUCCGCGCAUAUUUCUCUCUUGGUCUCUGGUAGUGCACAGACUUGCUUCAAUGAUCAGCUGCUAGAAAAUCAUGUGAAGAAUGAGCUUAUUGAGAAUUCUCAGCUGGUCCGUGUGUUGCCUAACUCUGAGGGGAGCAACAUGAGCUUGUCAGAACCCCGUAAAUCUGCUUCGACUGCAUGUGGGGCCGGUGUCUUUGAAGUUUGCGUGAAAGUUCCUGCAUGGGCUUCACAGGUGUUGAGACAGCUGGCCCCCGAUAUAUCUUACCGAAGUUUGGUUGCACUGGGAAUCGCAAGCAUUCAGGGCGUGCCUGUUGCCUCAUUCGAGAAAGAAGAUGCAGAGCGGCUCCUCUUCUUUUCCUCUCAGCAGGGCAAAGAAUUUGACCAAAAUAAUUUUUUCCUCUCGAGUCUGCCACGCUGGUUGAAACCUCCUUUACCUUCUAGAAAAUUGUCAGAACCAGCUACUUCUUUGAACUUGAAACACGAGAAUGGAGGUAAUAAUAGUAAGCGUAGAGUGAUGAAUGUUGCCCCAAUGAGGCCGAUCCCUCGUGCUCACCAUAAGAUGGUGCCCUUUUAUGGGUUUAUUCCUGAGGCUGAGAGGCAUGAGGGUGCUCAAGCAACUCAGCCCAUCGGCCCGAUGAAGCACAACCUUGCGGGCCCUUCUGUGACCCAUCGAAGAUCGUCGGGAAAUUCUUUGCAGGCCCAGCAGAUUCUCUCUUUGAAUCCUCUACCUCUGAAAAAACACGGAUGUGGCAGAUCCCCUAUUCAAUCCUGCUCAGAGGAGGAGUUUCUGAGGGAUGUAAUGGAGUUCCUCAUUCUUCGUGGGCAUACACGACUCGUUCCUCAAAGUGGGCUUGAGGAAUUUCCUGAUGCUGUUCUUAAUGCUAAGAGGCUUGACCUAUUCAACUUGUAUAAAGAGGUAGUAUCGAGAGGUGGCUUUCAUGUUGGGAAUGGCAUUAAUUGGAAAGGACAAGUUUUCUCAAAGAUGAGUAAUUACACGCUCUCUAACAGGAUGACGGGAGUUGGUAACACGUUGAAGAGACAUUACGAAACUUACCUUUUAGAAUACGAGCUGGCUCAUGAUGAUGUUGAUGGAGAAUGCUGCCUGUUGUGUCACAGUAGUGCACCUGGUGACUGGGUUAACUGUGGAAUGUGUGGGGAAUGGGCCCACUUUGGCUGUGACCGGAGACAGGGGCUCGGCGCCUUCAAGGAUUAUGCGAAGACAGAUGGCCUGGAGUAUAUAUGUCCGCACUGCAGCGUAUCGAAUUUCCGGAAGAAGUCUCAGAAGACGACGAAUGGGUAUUGACUAAUCUAUUGAUAAAAGAAGCUGAAGAACUUGCAUUAGAACUCGCUGCUCCGAACUGAACUAAUGUUGUACAUUAUGCGCCCAUUUGUUCCUCCCCUAGGUAAAUCCAAAGAUAAGAUUAUUAGGGUUGCAAAGUGUAAGGGGGGCCUAUUUCCUUCUCUCGCCUGUCAUUAUAGCAGACUUCGUAUCCUCUAACCGGCAAGUUUUACUUCUUUGUAAGGAUAGUUAAUUACAGGCAAAUGGUUUGUGCGGGAUAAGGUGAUCACGAACUCUUACCAAUGUACGUUUGAGGUAAAUAUAUGAUAGUUGAUUCUAUUGCGAUUUA